GUCACCUCAACAGGUUUUCUGCAGAGAUAAAAAAGAAAAAGCCAAUCAUGUCUGAGGGACAGCGAAAGUCAAAGAUCUCUGCAUCUCGCAGACUGGCUCUUAAGACCAAGCUGCUGAAAAUGGCAGCUGUGAUGUUGGAAAAGGAGAAAGAGGAAAAGAAGCUGGAGAGAGAAGCCACUUUGGGUGAGAGAGUCCCCCCACUUCAGCUGUCUGGUUUGUCCAUGCAGGACCUUCAGGCUCUGUGCAAAGAACUGCACCAUAAGAUCGACGUGGUAGAUGAAGAGCGCUACGACAUUGACGCUAAAGUAGCCAAAAAUAACAAGGAGAUUGAAAAUCUGUCUCUGAAGAUAUUUGAGCUGAAGGGUAAGAUGAAGCGACCUGCUCUUAAGAGGGUGAAGAUCUCAGCUGACGCCAUGUUGGGAGCUCUGCUGGGAGCUAAAGUCAAAGAGUCUGUGGACUUCAAGGCCAACUUGAAGACUGUGAAGAAAGAGGAGGAGAAGAAAGAGGAGGUGACUGACUGGCGUAAGAACGUGGAGGCAAUGUCUGGUAUGGAGGGCAGGAAGAAGCUGUUUGAUGCUGGACAGUAGACGUCAUAUUUAUGGACAUCUUAAAAAUGAAUGCUGUUUUACAAUAAUACAAAGGAAAAUAAAGUUCCUAUAACUGCUAACAAGAGUAAGUCAAAAGCGUGUGUAUAGACUUCACAUUUUAAAUAUGCAAAAAAUAUUCAGGAUAAAAGGAAUUUUGUUAUUUUGCAUAUAAAUGAGUUGCACUCUCACAUGAGUUGU